CAAACAAGCGCAUAUUUUCUGCUUGUUGACAUUUUAUGUUUGACACAAAUACUUUUAUAAAAUUAUUCACUGUGUGUGAGUAAAAUAGACAUUAAUUACCUUCCGAGCAAAGUCUUGUGGGUGUGUCGUGUCGAAAACGCAAUUGGACGGAGUCAUGUGAGAUAUUGAGUGGAACCGGCAUAUUUGCCCAUUGAAUUACGUGCACGAUUAUUUAUUUACAAAAAGUUUAUGAAUUGUAAGGAAAAAUGUCUUCUAAUAACAUAUCGGCGCUCAAAUUGCGAGGACCUGGACGGCCACCAAAGAAGAAUACGUCUUGUACAUGGUGUAAUGAAAACAAACUACCUUUAAAGUAUGUGUACCCAACAACAAAUGGAAAAAAGGAGUUCUGUUCAGAGACUUGUCUCGCGGAAUUUCGGAAGGCAUAUAUAAAAGGAGCUUGUAUACAAUGUGAUAAUGUUAUACGGGGGACAAAUAGUCCAUCCAAAGAGUUUUGUUCUACAUACUGUAUGACCAAACAUCAGAAAAAGAAUGAGUUACAAAGUAGAGUUGCAACAGUGGUACCUUCAACUCCAAUGGAAGGUGCCUCCCCUGGUCCAUUCCAAUAUGAAACCUAUAACCCAUUUGAUUGGGAGGAGUAUUUAAGGGAAACUAAUUCUACACCAGCACCACAGAAAUGUUUUAAACAGUCAGAAAGUCCUCCACCAAAUGACUUCAAAGUUGGCAUGAAACUUGAGGCUCUAGAUCCCAGAAAUGUCACUUCUACAUGCAUAGCCACUGUCAUCAGCAUAUUAGGACCCCGACUGAGAUUAAGAUUAGAUGGUAGUGACAAUAAGAAUGAUUUUUGGAGGCUAGUUGACUCAGGAGAGAUUCAUCCCAUUGGCCACUGUGUAGAGACUGGAGGAAUGCUACAACCACCUCUUGGCUUCAGAAUGAAUGCAAGUUCUUGGCCAAUGUUCCUGUUGAAAACGCUUAAUGGAGCAGAAAUGGCGCCAAAAGAAAUUUUCCAUAAAGAACCUAAAGGUCCACAAAGCAAUCUUUUUGAGAUUGGCCAGAAGCUGGAGGCAGUGGAUAAAAAGAAUCCUCAGUUGAUUUGUUGCGCGACAGUCGGCGCAAUUAAAAAUGAUCAGAUACAUGUUACUUUUGAUGGAUGGAGAGGCGCGUUUGAUUAUUGGUGUAAAUAUGAUAGCAGAGAUAUUUUUCCAGUGGGGUGGUGUGCAAAGUCUGGUCAUCCAAUGCAACCACCUGGGCAGAAAAAUAAUUCUGGAGCAAACAGAUUCAGGUUUCGACCGGCAUUCACCGCACCCCCGCCCCUUCCAGUCAGCACAGUGGCACCGGAAGUGGUUCAAUCUCCAGAAGCGGACACCUCAGUUCCGCCACCCCCUCCCAUUCCCAUUCACUUUCGCAAACAGUGUUUGGGCGGACCUUACGUCGACGUGAAGCUGCUUCCCGACGUGUUGGAAGACACGGGCGGCAACAUCGUUAAGAAGCUGAUCGGUCAGCUGUUGAACGCGUCGCACAAAUCAGACGUGAUACUGGCGAGGCUGGGCGCGUUACGCGGGGAAGAGACGGUCAUAACGCACGCCGGCAACACGUACACCAUCAAGUUGCCACCCGGUCAAAAGGCGGGCGAUUUGGAGGGGGUGAUUCGGGUGCUCGUCACGUCGCUUGGAUGUUGCACAAAUCUCAUGUCACUGGAGUCUCCAGUCAAGGAAUGCAGCAAUUGCGACAUGAAAACAUGUCCGUCGCCUCCGACAAAGCGUAAGGUGCCAGAACAGGAGGCAGCCACCUCGACCACUCCGGCGGAAAUUCCGACGCAGGGCGUCGAGUCACCGAUGGCCAACCUGUCGAAGAUUCCGACCGCCGAGUGGGGUAUCGAGGAGGUGAUACAGUUCAUCGACUGUACCGACCCCUGUUUAGGAGUGCACGCAGAUCUGUUUAGGAAACAUGAAAUUGACGGUAAAGCUUUCCUUCUACUAAACUCGGAUAUGAUGAUGAAAUACAUGGGUCUGAAACUGGGGCCGGCGUUGAAGAUAUGCAACCUAGUUUCUAGAUUGAAGGGGCGUAGACAUAAUUCAUUGUAGAUUGUGAGUAGAGUUAAGUGUAGAUCUUUUUUUUUAAUUUUCUAGCAAUUAGAUUCCAAUUAUGGCAUAAAUGUUGAUAACUAUUUGUGAUAUAAAAUUGUAAAAUGUAUUGUAUAGCUGAAGUUAUCAAGUAGCAAUUUAGACAUUGGAAAAACGUUAGUUUGAAAAUUAUUAGAUGCGAUUAAGGAACUUUACUAUGACCAUUUUUUGUCUUUAUGUAUUUUGAUUAGAUAUAGGCUUAUCAUAAUCAUGCUUUGUACAAAAAAUUAUCCUGUAUUAAAUUUCAAGGGUAAUAAAUAUAUUUUGGAUAUUUGUAAAUAGUAUAUUACUAGGUAUCUUUGAGAAUGUGUGUUAUUGUUUUUUGCUAAAAUUUAAUUUUAGCGAUGUAAGUCUUUUAUUUUGUUCCCAAGUGUAUUAUACUGUUACUACGUUUCAGUCAUUAAUUAAUUACGAAUAGACUAGAAUCAAAUAUUUAUAUUAUCACAAAAAAUAGUAUUAUAUUCGAAUAUGAGUCUAGUCUAUUCAUUUUAGUUUAAUUUUAGCUUUUUUAGAAACUGACGGAUUUAUUUACUUUUAUUUUGAUUACAGUAUACGAGAAUUUUCAAGUACAUAUUUUAAAAUUUUAAAUGUAUAUACAUAUCAUAUUAUUCAAUUUAAUAUUAUAAUCUUUAUAUUUAUUUAUUAUUUUAAAUCCAGUUUGAAAAUAAAGUGUCGUAUAAAAUACAUUUAUAACUGACUUUUUACUUUUUUUUAUAUAGUUCCUUUAUUUAAGAUUUGAUUACUUUAUUUAUUGUGCUUGUAAUUGUAUCCUAUUAAGUUGAUCAUCUAAAUAUAAAACUGUAAACCUUAAACACCGACAAUCUGCUGCUUUAUUAUUAAGUUGAUUCAAACUUGUACUGAACUAAGUGCAAGUUUAAUUGAAGCAGAAGAUUUAAAUAUAAAUAAAUUCUGGGUAAUAUUCGUUCAUUAGAAUUGAUAUGAAAUAAGAAUAAUGUUUAACAUGGAUCAAGCUUUACAUAUAAAUUUAGUUUUGUAAGUGUUACUGUAAUAGUUUUUAACUUUGUAAAUAUUAAACAAGUUUAAAAUA